GGCGCAGUUUGUCCAAUAUGUGCUGUAUCCUCGGCAAGGGGUAUGCGUCCGGUACUGACCGGGCAUUGAGCUGCCGGUAGUCCACGCAUAAGCGCCACUUGCCGUUCUUCUUCCGGGCUAGUACGAUCGGUGCACUGUGCGGACUGCGAGACGGCUCAAUACAUCCUUUCUUGAGUAGCUCAUCGAUUUCCGUGUCGAUAAUAGAUUGCAUUGCAGGGUUGCGCGGGAAGUACCGCUGUUUGAUGGGACGUUCGUCAGUCAUGAUGAUCCGGUGCUCUCCCACUGUGGCUACUCCGCUAAUAGUCUCGAAUUUUUGCAGUUCUUCGGCUAAAAAGUCGCGUAUGCGGGCUGCCUCAUCUUCGUGGUUGAGGUCCUCGUGUUCAAUUCUGUUGACCUUCUCCCUUGCGGACCGUCGUCUUGUAUGGCGCCUCCCUUUUCUGCUCCUUGGUCGGCGAUGGUUCGUCAUGGCGGGUGGUUGGGGGCCCUCGGUGCUUGGUGUUGGCUCGCUUGGUGUCGUCAACGUGGGUUGUAUAGGUGGCUCCGUCAAUACGACGCGGUGCACUCCGCAGGACACCGUAGCUCCCAUUCCCCCUAGUGUGUCCAGGCCCAAAAUGAUGUCGUCAAUUGCUCCAGGCAUGACAUGCAGAACGGCGUUGUGGAUAUUUGGUUCCUGGUACCAUCGGAUUCCUAUGGCCACAGUUAUCUUUUUGCCUCUCCCCAAGCUAACCAAUUGCUCCGCCACGCUGGCGGACACGAAACUUCUCGAGGCUCCUGUGUCGAUGACGGCUUCCGCGGGCGCUCCACCCAACGAGUUUUGGGCGUAGAGGCGGCCGCGUUCCUGGCUCAAAAUUAUUGGUUGUCCGGCGCUGUACUCGGGGGCUUCAUCGCGCCGGUCCCGGUGCGGUGGUGGCGGUCGUUGCUGAAAUGCCUGUCUCGGUUGGGGUGGUGACAUAAUGGUGUCGUCACCAACGUGCCUCGCUAUUUCUCGUCGGGCGGUUUCUGGGGCCCGCCGAUGGUUUUCGUAGAUGCUUUCGUAGUCUUCUGCGAGUGUGAGGAGUUCCGUCAAAGUGUUAAAAUCUCGCCGUUUGAUGUAGAGCAAGUACUCCGGGUGGCUAUUUCGAAAAAUCCUUUCCAGCCGUUGUUCCCUACUGUGACCCGCGUGUCGCAUCAGGUUUUGAAUCGCGAUCACGUAGUCCUUGAAUUUUCUCGCGGGCGCUGCCUCCGUUGCCUUAUGUCAUCUUCCAGGCGUUCAAAAUACCGGGCCGAUAGGAAAAAGUGCAGGAAAUCACGUUUGAAUGACGCCCAGUUAGUCCAAUGCUCGUUGUUGUUGCGGUACCAAUGGAGGGCGGUGCCACUUAGCAAUUCAGGCAUCGUCUUCGGUAAUAGGUCUACAUCUAAUGUGUAGACGCCGGCCAGCUCCUCUAAUCGUUCUACAAACGCCAACGGGUCGCGUCCUCCAUCGUACUUCACCGACCACUUGCGUACCUGGUCGAUGAUGGGCGCAAAGGUAACGGUAGGCACAUGGUUGCCGUUGUUUAGCACGUCAGCGUUUGGUGCGAUGGAUGUCGUUGGUGGUGGAUAUGUUAACUGGCGCUGCGUUGGCGGCCUAACGGGCACAUUAGCGGUUCUUUCGCCUUGAUUCACGGUUAACGGUAUCUUUGGUUCACUUUCGUCUCUCCAGUGGGCCUCCUGUUCGU